UUCUCAAUUUUUCUUCAAAAUUGUGCCAUAGAAUUAUCUCCCUUGAAUGAGCUCUUUAAUAGUAAGUGCACAAAAGGUAGUACAUGUCAACUUCCAGUAGCAGAAGACACUUGUCAACAAAUCAAUGAUAUGCAGUGUCUUCUUUGAUGUGGUUUUAGUGUUUUCAUGAUGGUAUAGAUGGAGUGCUCUUUUUCCCAGUAUUCAAGGAUUACUUGUAACACUAACUUUAACACCAAACCAUCAUCUCAGAUAUGUUCAUUCAAUUCUUGUCGUGACAACAUUGACGCACAUCUUUCAAAAAACAGAAUCAACCCAUCUUCACUUUGUAAUGAACAAGAACUUGUUAAAUUUCGUGCUGGACUUUUUGAACAUGAGACUGACCAAUUCACAAUUUGUCCAAACCACCGCUACUAUUUGGGGAAAGGAUGGAAGGCAUCAAAGCUGUGUAUGCUGAAGCCCCCACUUCAGACUUGUAAUGGAAAGAGAAAAAUAGAGAAAGCAACUGUUACAGUUCAGCAGUCAAGAUAUAUUCUUGAACAGUUUGGAAUUCUUAUUCCUGUAGGAGCAGGAGUCUGUCGAAAAUGUAGAAGUGACAUGGUACAUGCCAUCCUGGACAAAGAUAAUCCUACAGAAAGCCUACAUGCACCUGUAAAUACAUAUUCUGAAGAUACGACCAUUACUACUGUCUCAGAGGAGAGAGCAAGCCUAGACAAGAUACCCUGUGAUUUCCAACAUAACAAAGAUUGUGAAUAUGAGGAAGAAUAUGCUGCAAGCUGUAGCACACAGAUGUCAAAUGCUGAUUCUCAGGGUAGUUUAUGGUUACCGAAUAGCCAGGACACUGACACCAGUGAACAUAUGGACAACCCAGACAUCCCUCAUCAUGAUAAUUCAAUGAAACGUAAAGCACUUGAUAAUUUUUUGCAAUCCUGUGGUCUUAGUCCUGUGAAGAAACAACUAAAAAUCAACUGGAAUCUAUCAUCAGAACGCACCCAAUACGACUAUUCAAUGAAGACCAAACAGAUAUUUGAACAGGUGGUUAAUGUUCUUGCACCAGGACAAGGAAGUCAUCUCCUUGAUUCAGUCAUGAAUUCAAAUCCUUCAACUUCAUCUGACAAAACGCUUGAAAUUUUAUCUACAGCCUAUGAUUUAUCAUCUGAUUGGGGAACACAGAGACAGAUUUUGUCAGUAUUUGCAAAUAACUUUACUUUCAAAGAAAUGAGUACUUGCAUUCCAAAUUUAACAAAAUAUAGAUAUACAGCUACAAGAAAACAUGCUUCAGAAAAAGGACAAGAACAGCCUGUACAAAUUUUACCAUAUACCCGCGAAGGGUUGUCUGAACAUCAAAUUAAAUGUUUUAUUGAUUUUGUUAUGUCACCAAGCGUAAUGACUGAUUCACCAUUUCUGGAAACAAAAUUAAAACUAUCAAAAGGAGAACUGUAUCAAGUACCUCAAAUAAUUUUGAAUAGUGUCCGCUCUCGAGUUGUAGAACAGUACCAGACUUUUUGUAGGGAAUCGGGAAUAAGUGAUGUGGCAAGUGACAGAUCAUAUAUGAGAAUAUUACAGGCCAUUGAACCUAAUAUCAGAAAAAGGUAUGAAAGGUCUAAUUAACUAUGCAGCUGAUGAAGCCAAAGGUAUUGAUGACCUGAAGAAAAUUGUAAAUGUAUUGGGCAAACAGUUGAAGGGCAAAGAAUGGGAAGAUGGCAUCUUACUACAAUUAUCCAACUGUAAACAGUAUUUGAAGCUUGAUUAUAAGAUGCAUAUAUCACUUGAAACUGAAAUACCAGACCAUUGUUGUCAGUUUGCUCUCUCUUCUGACAGUGGAGAGUACAGUGUAGCAUGUUCACACUCCCAUGAUGCUGCAUGUGCAAAUUGUAAUGAUUUGUAUCAUGUAAUUGAAGGAAUCAAACAGGCUGCAGGAGAAGUGGAAUUUGAAAGUGAAGACCAGAAAGAUGACAUUCAAUAUUCUUUGUCUCAGAGUGUAAAGGCGUUGGAAGAAUGGAAAAAGCACUUACUGAGAUCAGUUAAUCAAGAUAGAGCUCGAAGUCAUGUUAUAGAGAAUUUAUCAGAUGGGGAAGUACUUAUAGAGAGGGACUGGGCAAUGAAGCUUCUUCCCAUGAUGUAUAGGGAAUCACAAUCGAAGUGGUUUGCCAAAAGAGGAAUGAAUUGGCACAUAACAGUUGGCACAUACAUAAUUAAUGGUGUUUUACACAGUCACACUAUUGUCCAUAUAUUUGACAAUGCCAAUCAAGACGCUGUAACAUCUAAUGCAAUUUUGAAAGAUUCUGUGCUAAAAUUAAAAGAGAAAAACCAAAAUUUGACAAAAGCAUUUAUAAGAUCAGACAAUGCUGGUUGUUUUCAUAGUGUAGAGGCAAUUUUUUGUAUUCCUCUUCUGAAUCAAGUGAGUGCUUUAAAGGUUGUGCAAGUGGAUUUCGCUGACCCACAAGGUGGAAAAAGUAUAUGCGAUCGGAGAGCUGCACAUAUCAAAGGGUCCAUUAGAAAUUAUGUAAAUGAAGGGAAUAAUGUCACUACUUCAAAUGAAUUCUUGAGUGCUGUCAUCAAAUCUAACAUCAAGAAUGUUCAAGUUGUUACAGCAACCCCACCAUGUGGAAUUAUUGUGAAAAAAGCAGUGAAAAUUAAAGAUAUUACAACUUUAAACAAUUUUCAAUAUCAUGAUGAUCAUGUGUUAGCUUUCAAGCAAUACCAGAUUGGAAAAGGAGUAAAGAUCAUAAACACAUCUGUUCAUAUUUAUGACAAUUUCCCAUCUGUAACAAUACUGAAAUCAAAUUCUACGGAUGAUGUUGUAAAGGUUCCUAAACCAAUAGCUGCUACUGAAGAUAUAAAUCCUGCUGUAUCCAACAGAAUGAGCAACGACAAUGAUACCAAUACACAAAUUGCAGACAAUAGCUCUUUCAUCUUCACCUGUCCGGAACCGAAUUGCCUCCUCACUUUCAUGAGAUAUGGAAAUUUGAGUAACCAUCUUGAUAAAGGUGACCAUCAAUGCAAGACAGAACUGAAAUCCCUUUCAGACAAAUCUAAGGUCGAGUAUGUUAGGCAAAUAGAUACCAAGCAAUCUAUGCUUGUAAAAAGCUCGAUUAAUCCUUCAGCUGAAUGUUCUACCUUAGUUAGAGGAUGGGCCUUAAAAAACAAACGUUCUGUUAAGAGAUUUUCCAGUGAACAGAUUGGGUUUUUGAAAGAAAUGUUCCAAAAGGGUGAAAUGACAGGACAUAAGUAUGACCCUGAGGAGGUAUCAGUGAUGAUGAGAACAAUAAAAAAAAUGGGAAGAGAAGGUUUUCUCAAGAUUUAUUUUUGACUCCAUCACAGAUUUCGAGCUUUUUCAGCAGACUAUCAAUAGAAAAAAGAAAAUCAGCACAAAACAGUUAUGAAAGUGAAGACUUUAUUGCUGAAGAGUAUGAAAACAAUAUAAUUGACGCCAGAAGCCUGACAAUAAAUAUGAAUUAAUUGUAUAUUGAUACAUGUAUUUUUUAGAUUAAGAAGUUAUUCAAGAUUUUAGGCAAAUACCAUAUAUAUACAUCAAAAGAUACAUAUACUGUAGUUCUGUUUAUCUGUCUAAAAGUUGUAUGAUAAAUCAAGUUUGCUUUGACUUAAUAGAUCAUCAAAAUAAAUGACAUUGUCAAGAUUGAUGCUUGCUGGUGGAGCAAUA